AAUUUAACGAAAUGUACGUUCGCAAACGUCCAGUGCCAGUGGUUGCGGUCAACGAGGACGCGCCACCAGCCGCUCAACCCUUCCUCAUGAACUUCGCCCAACCAGCUGAACCGGAACCAUCACCACUACAACAGCUUGCUGCCAUUGCUGCUAUCCUUGCUGCGCAGAAACGACGUGAAAAUGAUUAUCGUGAUUCGAAUAGUGAUGUGGAUGAUGACACGGAAUUUUUUAACAGUGUCGGCUUGCCGUUCCGCAUGCGUAUAGCAGCCACGCCAUCCUCCAUUGGUGGUGAGCAAAUGGUGAACGCGGCUGAUAAAACAUGGGACGAGUUUUGGCGCAACGUAUGCCGCAGCAAUCAAUAAUAUGACUGAAGAAAAGGCAGUGCAAAUUAGGCUGCAUUCCAAAACGACAAAAUACAAAGCAUCAGUCUCUGUUACUUACAAACCCCAGUAGAUUGUAAUGUUUGAUGCUAGUUUGUGCGGUUUAGAAAUAAAAGCGACUGAUACCUUUGUAUUUUGACGUUUUGGAAUGCAAUUGGUUAUUCUUUUUAAUUGG